AUGUCCAGGCCACACCAGCUAUCUCUGAUCGAGAGACUGCUCGACCACAGUCAACCGAAGUUGACAGCCCCGCGCCUACCCAGACUGAUCCCCUCCUCCCCUCCUCUUCUUCCCACUCAUCUACCCUCCCUGCCUCUACUUCCUCUCUCUCCUCCUCCUCUUCGUCUUUCCCUUCUGCCCCUCUCCCCAACUCUUCCUCCCUCUCUUCUCCUACCCUCUCCACCUCCCUUACAAAUCUCCAAUCCCCCAAUCCCGAUCUCGCUACACCACCAGACGAUAAAUCUGCUGAAAAUGCUGUAG